AGCGCUUUACUAAAAUGAAACAAUUUGCAAUUCUUGUGUGCUUGUCGAGCGCUCUGCUCGCCGCAGCUGCUCCACAGGGGUACAAGUAUCAGCAGAAUCAGCCAAUCAUCCAAGGUGGAAAUCUGCGCCCCCAGAUACCGCUCUCGACCAGUGGAAUAUACAAUGUGCCGCAGCAGGGCUACUCGCAGCCCAUUCAGAAUGUAGGCCUUGAGGCACCGGUUGCCUACCAACAGCCACUGCAGCAGCAGUAUAUCCCUCCCCCUCAGCCACAGCAGCAAUAUGUGCAGCCUUAUCAGCAGCCCCAGCGUCCCUCGAUUGUUACCAAGGAUAUCUACAUUCACUCGGCACCCGAAGAAACAGAGGAAAUUGGCGCCCAACCUCAUUUGGAUAACACCCCCAUUCGCAAGAAUUAUCGCAUUGUGUUCAUCAAGGCGCCCACACAGAAUCUGAGGCACACCGCUGCUGCUCUGAAGCGCGCCCAGGCUACCAAUGAGGAGAAGACCGUCAUCUAUGUGCUGUCCAAGAAGCCCGACAUCAACGAAAUCCAUCAGCAUCUGCAACUCAGCCAGACUGAGCCCAAGGUCCACAAGCCCGAGGUCUAUUUCAUCAAGUAUAAGACGACCGAAGAGGCUCAGCGUGCUCAGCAGGAGAUUCAGGCCCAGUAUGAUGCUUUGGGCGGUGCCACUCACAUCUCGGAUGAGGGUGUUGCUCCCAUUACCAGCUUCUCGGGUGGCUCCCUCAGCAACAUUGGCAACAUUGUACCACAGCAUAUUCAGCAGCAGGGUCAGUCCCACGGUAUCAGUCAGAAUGUGGGAUCCUUUGGACAGGGCAACUCCUUUGGAUCACAGAACGGAGGCUUCCAGGGUGGUCUGAGUGGAGGAGGUCUGAGUGGAGGAGGUCUGGGCGGAGGUCUGGGCGGCGGUCUGGGCAGCGGUCUGAGUGGAGGAGGUCUGGGCGGCGGUCUGGGCGGCGGUCUAGGCGGCGGUCUGGGCGGUGGUCUAGGCGGCGGUCUGGGCGGCGGUCUAGGCGGAGGUCUCGGUGGAGGUCUGGGUGGAGGUCUGGGCCGAGGUAUCCAAACCUCAUCGGUAUCAUCGGGUUCCAACUUUGGUGUCGUUGUGCCAUCGAAGAGUUACGUGCCAGCCAAGACUAAAUAA